AAAAUUUAGGCGGGAAAAAAUUUAAGGAGAAGUUGACACAAGUACAAUUUUUUAAAAAAGAUGAUGUCAGUGAUUGUUAUUUUAGUAUUGAUUAUUAUAGAUAGUUGAGAUUAAUGAAAAUAAAUGGUGAGAGUUAGGAUUAAUAAUUACAAAUUUUCUAAAAAAAAAAAAAAAAAAAAAAAAAAAAGAAUUCUCAUUCCGCUCUCUAGGAUAAAAAACUUCUCAUUCUGCUCUGUCCAGGUUACAAUUUUGAUUCCCUUUCCUUCCUUUUAAAACCUGGAAAUGGCGGAACCAGCCGAAUUCGAAACGAUGUCAGAAAAUCCCGAAGAGCUAAAUUCCACCAACAAUGGUGAACCAACAGAUACCAUCGAUUUUACAGCAGCUAAACCGUCGACCGACAACUCCGACUCUGACUCCGAUGAUGAAAAUGAAGCUCAACUCUUACAGGAGCUCAAAACCCUGGAAUCGGAACUCUCUUGUAAUCCCUCUAAUUACGAUGCUCAUGUUCAGUACAUAAAUUUGCUAAGGAAAAUGGGCGAGAUUGAUAAACUCAGGGAAGCAAGGGAAUCAAUGAGCCAGAUUUUCCCCUUAACACCUACAAUGUGGCAAGAGUGGGCUAAAGAUGAAACUACUUUGUGUUCUGGGCCGGAGGCUGUUCCAGCUAUUGAAAAGAUAUAUGAACGCGGUGUAUCUGAUUAUCUGUCUGUCCCUCUUUGGUGUGACUACUUAAAUUUUGUGCAAGAACAUGAUAUCUCAAUCCGCGAGUUUUCUGCUUCUGGUGUUUCAAAGGCAAGGAACUUGUUUGAGCGUGCUCUUACAGUUGCUGGCUUGCAUUUUUGUGAAGGCAGUAAAAUAUGGGAAGCCUACAAAGAAUUUGAGCAAGCUAUAUGCCUUACAAUUGAUGAUUCUGACAUCGAGGGGAAAGAAAAGCAAAUUCAGCGUGUUCGAAAUAUAUUUCACAGGCAGCUAUCUGUUCCCUUGGCCGACAUGAAUUCAACGCUUCUUGCUUAUAAGGUUUGGGAAGUGCAGCAGGGAAUUGAUCUUGAUGUUAACUCCGGUGACUGGGAAGGGAUUUCUUCUCAUGUUGCUUCUGCUUAUAAGAAGGCAUUGGAGAUGUGUGAUGCUCGCAAAAUUCUGGAAGAGCAGAUUUCUAAAUCUGAUGUACCAGAUACAGAAAGAAUUCCACUCUUCAAGAAAUACUUGAAAUUUGAAGAGACUGCAGGUGACCCUGCACGAGUUCAGAUUCUAUAUGAACGUUUGAUAACUGAGUUUCCUAUAUCCAGUGAUUUGUGGAUAGACUAUACUCGAUAUUUAGAGAAAACGCUCAAGGUUGGAAAUGUUGUAAAUAAUGUUAUCAGUAGAGCCACAAGUAAUUGCCCUUGGAUUGGGGAACUCUGGGUGAGGCAGUUGCUUUGCUUGGAACGGGCUCACGCUUCAGAGGAUGAAAUUUCCCUGGUAUUUGAGAAGGCCCUUCAAUGUUCAAUUUCAAGUUACGAGGAGUAUCUGGAAUUGUUUCUUACUCGUAUUGAUGGUUUGCGGAGAAGAAUUUCAGUAUCUGGUGAAUUGCAGGUCUUGGAUUAUGCUGUUAUCAGAGAUGUGUUUCAGCGUGCAUCAGAUUACUUAUCUUUACAUCUAAAAGGCACAGAUGCUUUGUUGCGUCUUCAUGCUUAUUGGGCUCAUUUGGAGCUGACCCUGGCAAAUGAUAUAGUUGCUGCUCGCGGAGUUUGGGAAAGCUUGCUGAAAAUAAGUGGCACCAUGCUUGAGGCUUGGCAAGGUUAUAUACAGAUGGAGAUUGACAAGGGAAAUCUGAAUGAAGCAAGAUCAUUAUAUCGGAGGUGCUAUACGAAGAGAUUUCCUGGUUCAGGUUCACUGGACAUAUGCCAAUCUUGGCUACGGUUUGAGAGGGAAUUUGGAACUCUGGCGGAUUAUGACUAUGCUGUUCAGAAGGUUUCACCACGUUUGGAGGAAUUGCAGGUAUUUAACUUGCAGCAAGAUAGCAAAACUUUUGUGACUGCUGGAGAUGUUAGUGAACAUUCCUCCAAGAAAAAUGCUCGUGAAAAACGAAAAUCAACUUCAAGUUUGUUGGAGGAUCAAUCUCCUUCAAAACGACUGAAAGACGUGAAAGAAGCCUUCAAGGAAGGGACAAAAAAAAGUCACAACAAAGAUGUUUCUCGAACAGCCACAGUGGAAGAGACUGAAGCAAAUAUUAAAAAAAUGGAUAGCACUAGCAGCAAUGAACAGCUUAUGAAGCAAACCAUGCAUGGAAAGGCAAUGUACACAGAUCAAUGCACAGCAUUCAUAUCUAACCUUGAUCCCAAAGCAAAUUAUGAAGAUCUUCGCAAAUUCUUUAGUGAUGUCGGUGGAGUUCAAUCUAUCCGAAUAUUAAAGCAUAGGGAUACUGGGAAAUCAAGGGGUCUUGCAUAUGUGGAUUUUAGUGAUGAUGCACACCUUGAUGCUGCUGUGGGGAAGAACAGACAGUGGUUACUGAAGAAGAAAUUAAGUAUUGCCAGAUCAGAUCCUUCUAGAAACAAAAAUCAAUCAGCCAUACGCCAUGAAGUUGACAGAGAUGGUUCAAAGAUUCCGUCUGGGGAUCAAGCAAGAACCGAAAAAAACCGUUCUUCUGAGCCGUCUGUUGAUCAGUCAUCUUCUAGUAAAGGGCAUGACAUUGAUAGAGUCCAACUCAAAGGAAAGAAUACAUUUGCAGUUCCGCGCAAUGUCAGGCCUCUUGGAUUUAAAGCCAUCAAGCCAAAAGAUGAAGGAGAUGAUGAGAAACCAAAAUCUAAUGAUGAAUUCAGGAACCUGCUGCUUAAAAAGUAGCUGAGGCAUUGUUUUUUUGAGAGGUCAAUGUACAUUUAUACUUUUUGUUACUAAUUUUAAGAUGUGAAAAAUUAUUAUCCUAGUAUACAUCUGUAUUUGAGAAUCAUGUCAAAAGCUUUCAUUUUUUUGGUGGGAAAUUUAAAUGGGAAGACCUAGCUAUAGAAUUAACCAGCUAUAAUGCCUAUGAAUGUGUUUAGAGUUCUAUUUUUUUCAGUGUGCGCCUAUGUGGGUGGUUUCCCAGAAAUUGUCAUCUGUUAACUCUACACAACAUAUGAAACUUUUAGUUCUAAAUUGCAAA